UCACAGGCAAAGAAGGACCACUUGAAUGGCUACAAUGUUGAGACAAAUAUCUUACUUUUAGCCUUCUUUUUUCUUCUUCUUUUGUCUUCCUCAAUGAUGGGGAAAAAAAAUGGAAUGCUCAUCUCUGUACAACAAAAAUUCUGUAAUAGGAACUUCAGCUUUCUCCUCAAGAACUCCUGAGAAUAUUAACUGUCACACUUUUCCAUCAACCUGUUCUUUUCCUUUAACUUCUAAAAACCCCUUUGCUACCCUUUCUUCUUCUACAACUACAGCAAAGUGUUAUGGUCAGAAUUAUGGGGAUGAAGAACCCCUUUCUGCUUUUUUGGCAUAUGAUGUUCUUGGUGUUGCUCCUAAUUGCUCUGCAGAUGAGCUGAAAUCUGCUUUCAGGAAUAAGGUUAAGAAGUUUCAUCCUGAUGUAAGGAGAGAUGGGGAUAGUUCAGAUAAGAUGAUUCGCCGAGUCAUUCAAGCCUAUGAGAUGUUGUCCAACUUCACGAAGUCAGAGAUCAUCGAAAGGGAAUGCUUAGAUCCAUUUGAUCAGCCAGAAUGUGAGGCAUUCGAUCUCUUUGUUAAUGAGACUGUUUGUAUUGGAAAAGGUUGUCCAUUUUCAUGCGUUAAGAAAGCACCUCAUGCAUUCACUUUUUCCUCGUUAAUGGGAACUGCACGAGCAACUUCUCAAGGCCAUGGUGAAGAUUAUCAAGUCCAGCUUGCAGUUGGUCAAUGCCCCAGGAGUUGCAUACAUUAUGUUACACCUUCUCAAAGAAUAAUACUUGAAGAGCUACUUGGCAGCAUCAUGAGCAAACCUUAUGAUACAUCAGCAGAAGAAGACUUGCUUUAUUCGCUAAUCAUAAAAGCCCGUUUUGAGAACAAUCGCUACCAGAAGCCCAAGAAGCAACCUAAGGCCUCAACCAAACGCGUAGACUGGUUCUAAAUCUUGAAAGUCCUCCUAGGAAAGGAGAAACUUGGAAGUUGAACAGAUACUACCACUUCAAAGGCUAUGUUAUGCUAAGUUAUGACAUGGAUGACAGGGAAAAUAUUUUUCAAUUGUAUACUGUCAACCUUAUGCUGUGUUACCAAAGUCCUUAAAAAUAGUCUGCAUCUGCAGCAUAUGAGAUGUUGUGGUUAUGCGCCACCAAGUGUCAGGAAGAGCAGCUGCAACUGACUGUCUGAAUAUUGGGUGAUAUGAGAUUUGAUAUAAAUAUGGAAAAUUACUGAUUGAGUUAGGAAAGUUCAUCUGUUACAUAUUUUUCUUUUUACAUAUCAGUAUAUUUUCAACUGUUGUAACUUGCCUUAUGUUCUUGUUUACAUAUCUCACUUUUUAUGGACA